AGAGGGUGGAAAGUCUAUGUUAAAUGUUUUUAGAUGCUUUCAAUUGUUCUUCGGUGUUUUCAAGACCGUUUUCAGUGUUUUCAUUUCGUUCUUUCAUUGUAGCAUUUGUAUGCACGAUGAACCUAGUUCAAACCAUGCCGUCUCCAGUUAAAAAGACUUAUGGCAGUGCUGGGAAAGACCUUCAUGCGCUACCUCGGUGAGCUGCUGCCAGUCAGAUCCUGCAGAACUGGAGUGCAAGGACCAAAGGCAACAUACAGUCUUCUACAGUUAAAGGCAAAGAUCGGCAACUUUUCAAAUCUGUCUCUGUGGCCACAUUCUGCCAGUGGUCAUCUGUUGGGGCAAGCACCCCUUUCCCUCUCUCUUUUUGUCCUCCUCUUUGUCCUUCCUUUUAUAUAUAUAAAAGGUAAAGUGUGCAUAAAAAUGCAUAUAUUAAUGAAUAUAACUUAUAAUGUUUUAUACUAGGAAAAAUUGCUUAGCAAAAAUGCACAUUAGGCAACAUUGCAUAUUUUGUCGUAUAUUAGGAGAAAUCAGCAAUAAAAUACAGGUAUUUUUCAUGCAGACUUUUUUUUUUUUAAAUCACAAACUGACAUGGAGAACUGAAGAGUAGAAAAGUGAGAAACUAAGAGAAACCCAAACUGGCAGGUGGGUUGUGCCAGGAUGCUGAAAAUGGCAGCAUAUCUUAAAAAGCUGUGUUGCAACACUGGAAACAUGAGGGAGGUUAUUCAAAAUACAGGAUUUGCCUGAGGAGUCUAGUUAAAUAACUUCAUUCACCUUAAGUCUCUAAAGUCACUUUAACAACAAGUGCCUAAACAACAAGGGUGUCUCUGGACCUUAAAUUGAGGCUCAUAAAACAAAAAAUAAUAUUUAGAAUAUACUGGACCCCAUUACGUUUGUUUAAAAAAGGGCUAUCUAAGGUAUCUAACUGUUGGGGAUGCAAUAGGGAUAAUGCUUCUCUAAAACACCUUUUUUUUCAUUGUCCUAUAUUGAAAGAUUUUGGUAGAAGGUAACUGAAACGAUCAACAGAACUGUAUGGAACCAACCUUACAUUUACAGAGCAAAAUAUCCUUUUGAAUUAUAUGCCCAGCGCAUGGUACCUUACAAAAGGACAAUACGAGUGGAUUCUCCGUGCCAUUAGCACAGCAAAAAGUCUGAUACUGAUGAAUUGGAAAAAUAAAAAUGCGGCUCCCUUCUACGAUUGAAGACCUAUACAAACUCGCAACAUGUGAACAUCCUGCAUAUAAAUGCAGACUUGCCAUGGACAAAUUCCAUGAUAUUUGGAAUCCAUUCUUACAAAUACUGUAAUAGGUUAAGAUCUGGUGAAGUACGAUACCAACUUUGUAAAGUAUACAGUUUUGGGUCGUCCCCCCCACCCCCCUUUACUUUCCCUUCUUCACGGGUUCUGUUUCUCUUUUUCUUUUUCUCUCUUUUAUUUACCUAUCACCAUGUUUAAAAAGAUAAAGGACCCCUGACAGUUAAAUCCAGUCAUGAACAACUCUGGGGUUGCGGCGCUCAUCUCGCUUUACAGGCCGAGGGAGCUGAUGUUUGUCUGCAGACAGUUUUUCUGGGUCAUGUGGCCAGCAGGACUAAGCCGCUUCUGGUGAACCAGAGCAGUGCAUGGAAACGCCGUUUACGUUCCCGCCGGAGCGGUACCUGUUGAUCUACUUGCACUUUGACGUGCUUUCAAACUGCUAGGUUGGAGGAGCAGGGACUGAGCAAUGGGAGCUCACCCUGUUGCGGGGAUUCGAACUGCUGACCUUCUGACUGGCAAGCCCUAGGCUCAGUGGUUUACACCACAGCACCAGCCACAUCCCAUGUUUAGUGCACAUAUAAUUAUGUACUUUUCAGCUUUCAAUAAAGAUGUCUGGUUAAAAAAACCACAACCCAAGUUGAUCGAUUAACAUUGCUGGUAACAGGGACCUCUUUGUCUUCCCUGAAGGUUGAGAGCUGUUGUACUCAGAAUGGAAAGAUCCCAAGAUGGCAGAAAAUAUCACAGGUGAGGCAUAAUAAUCUUGUUUGUUUCAUACAGUGGAGAACUAGAGGUGGUAGGGCAAAAUAUUGAGGACAAACCUCUCUCACUGACUCCAGGGAUGAAACUCUUUCUAUCCCAGAAUGUUUUAUUGGAGAGAGGAUUAAUUCUGGGUGUGGUGAAAAAGAUACUUCCUUUCAGUUACAUUUGAUACCCCAAUAUCUCUCUGUUACAAUUUAUUUACAGUCAUACCUUGGUUGUCGAACGCCUUGGAACUCGUACGUUUCAGCUACCGAAUGAUUGAAAACUGGAAGUGAGUGUUCAAGUUUUUGAACAAUUUUUGGAAGCUGAAUGUCUGGCAUGGGUUCUGCGGCUUCCGGUUGGCUGUAGGAGCUUCCUGCAGCCAAUCAGAAGACAUGCUUUGGUUUCUGAAUAUUUUGGAAGUUGAACGGACUUCCGGAACGGAUUCCGUUCGACUUCCAAGGUACGACUGUAUAUUGUAUAGAAACUCCCCAAGAUUGCUUUGAGAACUUAAUUGAGCCAUUUCCCAAGAACCUAUGACCAUCUGAGACCCAUUCAGACCUCCUGAAACUUCUCAACACAGGUAGUAAAAACCCUGAGUCAAGUCAUAAAAUCUGGGAGUCUUUGCUGUUCUUAGGCACCAGGUCAUUUUCUGAACUGGCCCCAAACCUACCACAGUAUACUGAAUUUUGGUCCCGUUCUAGAAAUGCUUCCAUCCCAGUUGUCACCUGGAGUUUUGUCCUAAUUCAAUUACAAAAGGUUAGGGGGAUUUCAUAUGUGGUGCCACAGUUGAGAAGAUAACAGUGGUUCUUGACCACUUAUGCUUACUUUUACAGAUAGAGCCACUGUCAACAGUGAACUGAUGACUCCUGAGAUACCUGCUGCAAGGGAAGCAGGAAAUGCUGGUAGAUAGUUAUUUGGGGUCCAACUCUGGUUUUAAAUACAUUACAACUCCUUUUUUCUUCUUCUUCUUACGUCGGAGGUUACAGAGUCCUCCCCCAGCCUUUUAUUAAUCAAAAUCCUUCUAUGUUUCUUAGCAAUAUGUGUUUCUUGGAAGCAGAUUUCAUCCAAAUUUAACUUCUUCACUACAUGCUCAAUCUUACAUCUUUUUGUUUAGUUAUUAAGUCCAUUUACAUUCGAAGUUAAGAUUUUUAAUGCCAUCUUGUUUUUAUUUAUUUUUCUUUCACUUUGACCUCUGUUGAGUCUACCUCUUCCUGUACUGUUCCAGUCCAAAUGCCCUUUCUCCUGCUAGCUCUUUCCCAUAUUUUCUCCAGAAUUUAUCUGAUUCUGUGGAUCCUGACACCUUUGUUUUCUCCCUUUAUACAUAAAAGAUACUCUCUCUGGGUUGCCCAACGUUAGGGGAUUUUGUUGUAUCUCAGUGCAUCCAUAAAGUACUUAUACUUUACUCUUUUUUUUUAAGCAGUCUCAUUUGUAGUCCAAUGUUCUAGGACAGUAAUGUUCUUGGACUACAAAUCCCAUCAUCCCUGACCUUUGGCCAUGUGGUCUGAUGGGAUUUGAAGUCCAACAACCACCAGAGCACAUGAUGUUUUGGAAUGGCUGCCUUAGAAUACAUCUCAUGGAAAGCAGGCAGCUAAGGCAGGCAUACCCUAAAGUCGUGGUUUGGAAUGAAUUUGCAGUGCCUUGUCUUGAAUGUCAAAUUCUCGCAGAACUGUAGCAACAAACAGCAAAUUUGUUUGCUUUCGUGAUCAUCAUUCACUUGGGUCCCCAAAUGUUGUUGAACUACAACUCCCAUCAUCCCUAGCCAGCAAGGCCAGAGCUCAGGGAUGAUGGGAGUUGUAGUCCAACAACAUCUGGGGACCCAAGGUUGAGAAACACUGCCUCAGACCCUUUCCCUUCUGUUUUUCAGUUUUCAUCCCAAAGUGCAUUAAAGACAAAAAAUAUACAUUAGCAGUUGUUGCCGUCAUCACAGCUUUGGUCAUUACUAUAAUCGCAUUGGCUGGUGAGUAGAGAAAACUUUGUGCUUUAACCCUGACAUAAUUAUUUAUGAUUUAUUGCUUCUUUCUGCCUUUGACUUGUAGAUUCAUUCCCUCACCGAACUGCAUUUCCUGCCUCAUAAUGAUCCAAUACAGUGGUACCUCGGGUUACAAACACUUCAGGUUACAGACUCAGCUAACCCAGAAGUAGUACCUCUGGUUAAGAACUUUACCUCAGAAUGAAAACAGAAAUCGUGUGGCGGCAGCGGGAGGCCCCAUUAGCUAAAUUGGUACCUCAGGUUAAGAAUGGACCUCCGGAACAAAUUAAGUUCGUAACCAAGGUACCACUGUAUAGAUUUCUGCUUUAGAGUACAUUCUCAGGCUGCCGUUGAAUUGAGGUAGGCUUUUCGUGUCUGCACUUCAGUAAGCACCAUCGUGAGAAUGGAUUUCCCAGCCCUUAUGUGCAGCUAUUUAUUUAUUUUAAAAACUCUUCUAACAGGGUCAGUGCUGGAUUUUACGUAUAAGCUAAACAAGCUAUAGCUUAGGGGCCCACUCUCUUGGGGACCCAAAAAGAAUUUAAAGGGGGGGGGGGGACUGGAUGUACAUUUCCAAAAUAUAAGAUAAAAAACAAAUAAAAUAAAACCUACAUACAGCAACAGUGUUUUGUGUUGUGUAUGGACCUAUGAGGUCCAUAAAUUACCAUACAGCAUAUAUUCAACACAAAAAACAGUGACAAUUUGUUGUUGACAAAGGAUAGCUGGACAUAUAAAGGGCUCCAUUACCUUCAGUAGCUUAGGGCCUCAUCAAUCCUAAAUGCAGCCCUGAACAGGGUACUCAGCUGCGUUCUGGAAAUUUUGAUGAAAAACACUAACCCCCCUCUUGCAAAGUCGAGGAAAUAAAGGAGAGGAAAAUGGCUCCCUAAUGAUAUCUGAUUCGAUGUUCUUUGAGAUUUAUGUGCUGUCUCCAAAACACUGAAACAUCCUGCUCCAUGAAAUUCUUUAAAACAGGCAACAGAUGAACUCUGCAUUCUCUCGAGCUCUGCUCUCCACAACAUAGCAAAGAUUAGUUUAAAACAAAUUGAUUAAAAAUCAGUUAAAAUUAAAGUUAUAAAUGAGGGGUCUGCUGAGCUGCGAGACUGGCUGCCUUUCCCAGAGCCAUUUUGAGAACUGUUAACAGCAAGACAUGCUACACACUUGAAAGAUUAAAUAUUAACUGAGAAUACAGUGGUACCUCGGGUUACAUACGCUUCAGGUUACAGACUCCGCUAACCCAGACAUAUUACUUUGGGUUAAGAACUUUGCUUCAGGAUGAGAACAGAAAUCGUGCUCCGGCGGCGUGGCGGCAGCAGGAAGCCCCAUUAGCUAAAGUGGUGCUUCAGGUUAAUAACAGUUUCAGGUUAAGAACGGACCUCCGGAACGAAUUAAGUAUUUAACCCGAGGUACCACUGUACUGAGCUAGAUGGUCUGACUUGGUGCCAGGCAGCUUCCUGUGAUAUUUUUAUCCUAUUUUUCCACUCGUAAAUUUGUAUUUGCACUAAGCAAUGUGAACCACAGCAGUACAAAUACAUAAUCUUUUAGCAUGGGCACGAAAUCUACCUGCACCAUAUACAUACAUAGUAGUGGUUGUUUAAAAAAAAGAAAAAAAGAUGGCUUUUCCAAAAGAACCCUGGGAAUUAUAGUUCACUGCUACCCAUGCUACAAUUCCCAAAUGUUUCCCAGCAUCUGUCCUCAGUGUUACAGAAUCAUUGUGAGCUCUUACACUUAGGCAGAUUGUUUCAUUUCCAGUUAAAAAGCCACAGCCCUGUCCGCUGUGUCCUCCCCCUGUCGAUGCUGCCUGCCCAGAUCGCUGGGUUGGGUACCUAGGGAAAUGCUAUUAUAAAUCAGAAGACAAAAGGAACUGGAGCGACAGUGAAUCUAGAUGUUCCUUCCUUGGUGCCUCUUUGGCUGUGAUUGAUACCAAGCCGGAUCUGGUAAGGAACAAGUAUGUAUCCUCACUUGUGGGCUCAUCGCCGGAAGCAAACAAGUACAGCUCCACCUGUAACUUAUAUUCUGGGUUUAAUAAUAAUAAUAAUAUACUAAAUUUACAACAGGGUUCAUGACACUUCGCAGAGCAACAUAAGCAAAGUGCCCCAAGGAAUUUGCAAUCUUAUCUCUGCGGCAGUGGGGAAGACAACAGAAGGAGAGGUGGAAAGGGAGCAAGGAGUGGUGAAUGGCAGUAAGAGAUGAUGUCAGGAACAGGAGGGAGGGAGGGGCAUGGUGGUGGGGAGAGCAAUGUGUAGCUGCCCCAGCAGAGCCAGUCUGGCACCCCCGCUGCUGCCCUUGCACCCUGCCAGCCUCCCUGCAGCCUCAGCCCUCACCCUCUCGAUAAAUGGCAAGGACACACAUCCUGGGAAGUGGACAUUGUAGUUCUGUCGUACCAGACAAGCUGCUACGGAACGGAAGGUCCCCUUUUUGCGGUAUACCAGAUAUGAUGAUGCUGAUAAAGAUGAGAUUUAAGUAUUGAGUCCUAGAAGGUGGUAGAGGUAUAUAAACCACUGCUUGCCAUUCCUUUCCUGCUAGGAUUUUUUGUGGGAUUUUACUCGUCCCUCUCAUCAUUGGAUUGGUCUUUCAAGAGAAGCAGGACAGCCCUGGAAAUGGCCCAAUGGGACAGAGUUUGGAAACCAGUGAGUGAUUUCCACCCCCUCUUUGCCUGCUUUGGGUUUGGAUUGUAAAAGUUGUCUUUUGCAUUAGUUUCCAGAGCUUAUAUACAGUACCCACAAUUCACUGUGUGGAGCUGUAGCUGGAGACACCUUUUUAUUCUGAAAUACCAUGCAGGAAUAGGGAAUAUGUGGACAUGGGAGCGGGGAUGAGGUUUUGUUUAAAUGAUAAUUAGUAGGUGAGAGUAUUGCUUUGGUUAUUGGAUAGAGUUUUGCUAAUAUUUCCUGCUGCUGUUUAUGCAGCCAGUGUCUUGUUUCCUCCCCACAAGUUGUAAGUUAUGUGAAAUAUUGACAUAUUAUAUGAUCCUCCCAUCCCCCUGUGGUAUAAUGUACAGGUAUAUAUUUUUCUUUAGUGUCACUUGGAGACCUUUGAGUGAUAAGCAACUAGUAAGUUGAAUAAAUUAACAGAUAUUUGCUGUCAUGUUUAACUUCAGCCCUGCAGAUGUUGCUUUAAUGAAGAACAAUACCUGCUUCUUCUUGUUGUUGUCUAUUUCAGAUUUACAGUGCGAGGAGAAGGCUUUUGCGCUUACAUAAAUGACCUUGGGGUCAGCAGCACCAAGUGCGCUGUGGUGAAGAACUUCGUCUGCAGCCUGGCGGAUGCUUGCGCCAAGAGGAAACAAAACUUGUGAUCCUCAUUUGUGUAAGGCGAGCACUACUGGCUCUUUAGAGUCUCACUGGUAGAACCACUCUUUCUGCAGCUAGUUCCAGAUAUAAUGCUCCAUUUUGUUAUCUGCCUAUAAGAGAGAUUUAUCAAGAAUAGCGGCAGCUGUCUUGUCACUGCGUUUGAACCUCACCUAUGCCAUAAACUCACAAGAUGGCCUCAGACUACCAUUGCCUUAUCAGCCAUGGGCUGUUGGACUCCCAGCAGCCUCUGCCAGCACGACCGGUGGCAUGGGAUUAUGGGAGUUGUAGUCCAAAGCACCUGAAGCUUGUUGUAUGGAUGAACUGAGGCCUGAAAGGCACAGUUCCUAAGUCAAUUACCAGCUGAGAAGCUGCCCUCCAUCUUGUCUGAGGAAUAAACUGUGAGCAGGACACCCAGCGAUUUGAGGCUGUGUGGACGCUUGGCCAAGGAUCCAAACAUGCUUGCCGGAUCUAUCUAGCUGAAUGCAAGAGGGUCUUAUUUAUUCCCUUCACCUCCGUUUGACGUUUCACAUUCCUUAUCUCAGUGCUAUUUACUUUCCAAGUAAGCACGUUCAGGCCUUAUCACUUUCUUGCAGAGGGAACAUUACUCCAAGCUAGUGAUAGAAAGAUGUUUACCUUUUUUGUCCAUUGCUUCAAAGAACAGUUGCCAUCUUGUGGUUUGAACUUGCCAGUGCUUGUCUCAAGUUGUGACUUUAAGGAUUAGGGGCAGGUCAUUAAUACGUGGGGACCAAAAAACUCUCUAAUAUGAAUGUUAAAAACUGCUGUGUAAAGAUGUUUAUAGAAUCAGGUGAAUGUGGGGUUGUUGUUGUUUUUUCCAGUCUUGGCAAUGAUUCCAAACCAGAAGUGAGCAGAACCAAAGUCAAAAGUAGGCAAGGCCAUUCCUUCUUAUUUUCAUCCAUUCCUUAUCUCUUAUACACACACACUACAUAACUAAUUUUCCGCAGUAGCUCCCUAUCUGUGGAAUACCUUCCCUAAGGAGUCUCACUUGUUGCUGGGCAAAAACUUUUGUUUUCUCCUGGACACAAUGAUUAAAUGCUUUUAUUCUUUUAGUUUAAUAUUUUUAUAUAUUUUUUGCCUUAAUGUUGCUCAGGUCUAACUCGUUUGCCUUAAGGUAAGAAAGAUUAGUGCAAUUCCCACACACCCCUUCAUGAAAUAACUCAUGAGAGGGGUCAUAAGUGUAAGAAAAACACCCCUCCCUUCAGUGUCUGUUCUGUUAUGUUCCGUUAAGAAUGUCAGUUAAUAGGGACCAACUGCCGCCUUUUGAUUCUUGCCUCAGUGAUUAAAAACCCAUCUAGUUGCAAGCGGUGGUUUUUAAAAAGUGCAAAAGUGUGUUACAUUUCUUUAACUAUCUGACACGUUUCGUUGAACUCUGCUAAGAAUAUUUGUUGUUGUUGUUGUUGUUGUUGUUGCUUUGUUUAAUAAUAAAAAAGGUGGCAGCACCACCACACAGAAAAAAAA